GUCCACCAAACACCAGCCCAAAAGUAGCCCAAUCUGACGCGUCGCCUCCCUGUGGGGCAGCGGCAGAGCGGACCGCGCCGCUCGGUGCUUUGGAAACGGUGUAAGGAAAGGUGUUCCGAGAGAGAGAGCAAAGAUUUGCAGCUUUAAAUUAAAACGUUUAGAAAAAUUAGCCUUUAACAGGAACAGCAACAAAAACCGCCCGAUUGGGCGUGAUUCUGGCCACGUUGGUGGCGGCGGCGGUCGCCAGGCGACGGGAGAAACACCCGAGAGAGAGGGGAGAGAGGCCCGAGGGGGGGUCUGACACAGCCCAGCGGCCCCCAGCCAGGGCCAGGGCCAGGGCCAGGGCUCUGCCCCGCAACCAGCAACCAGCAACCACAGGCUGUCCGGGGGCCACAGGCAGAAGUGUGCGUGAUAUCAAACAUGAAAGAAGAAUAAUCACCUUCAAAUCGGAUUCACAUCAGUAAAAAGACAAUUUUGUGCAGGGAUCUCUUUGCGCUCUAACUAUGGAAGAGACAACAGUCAAAGUCGCAGUACGGAUUCGUCCUUUGCUUCCAAAAGAAAUUCUUCACAACCAUCAAGUUUGUGUCCGAGUUGUUCCCAACACACAGCAGGUUGUGAUUGGGAAAGAUCGUGCCUUUACUUUUGAUUUUGUAUUUGGACAGAAAUCAGCACAGGAAGAGGUAUAUUCUUCCUGUAUAAAGCCUUUAAUUAUAUCAGCAAUUGAGGGAUACAAUGCUACUGUGUUAGCAUAUGGUCAAACUGGAUCUGGAAAAACAUACACCAUUGGUGGAGGACAUAUAGCUGCUGUCUCCGAUGAAGAGAAAGGCAUUAUUCCACAUGCCAUACAUGAGAUCUUCCAAAGCAUCGCUGAGCACCACAAUACAGACUUUCAUGUGAAAGUGUCUUACAUUGAAGUAUAUAAAGAAGAAUUAAGAGAUCUUUUGGAGUUAGAAAGCACAAGCAAAGAGCUUCACAUCCGAGAAGAUGAAAAAGGAAACACAGUGAUCAUCGGGGCCAAGGAGUGGGAUGUUGAAACUUCAGAUGAAACAAUGACCUUGUUGGAAACUGGCAACGCAGCCCGUCACACAGGCACAACACAAAUGAAUGAGCACUCUAGCCGCUCACAUGCCAUUUUCACUAUGUACCUUAACCAAAAGCGACCAAAAAAUGCCACCUCAAAUAAUGCUGAGGAUUACACUAUAAAUGAAACACGUGGGUGUGUUCAACUGAUCUCUUCCAAGUUUCACUUUGUUGACCUGGCUGGUUCAGAACGAGUUACAAAAACAGGGAACACAGGAGAGCGUUUCAAAGAAUCUGUGCAAAUAAACAGUGGUCUAUUGGCGCUUGGGAAUGUCAUCAGUGCUUUAGGAGACUCAAGGAGGAAAAGUGCACAUAUCCCAUAUAGGGAUGCCAAGAUAACCCGUUUGCUGAAGGACUCACUUGGAGGAAACGCUAAAACUGUAAUGAUUGCGUGUAUCAGCCCCUCGUCAUCUAGUUUUGAUGAGUCCCUUAACUCCUUGAAGUAUGCCAACAGAGCUAGGAACAUAAGAAACAAGCCUAUUGUAAAUUAUGACCCAGAAUGGGAUCGAAUAGAUGAAAUGGAAUUCGAGAUUAAAACGCUCAGAGAGGCCCUGCAGCAUCAACAUUCAAGUUUGGUGACACGCACCAGCCAAGUGUCGCAGGACUUGUCGAGCCAGGACAAAAAGCGUAUCCAUGCUUUGGAAGAUCAGGUGGCCCAAUUGCAAGUGGAAAGCUACCACUACAAGCAAUGCACAGAUGAGGCUUUUCAGUUCCUCUUGGAAGUUAGAAACACAAGCAAACUGACAACGAACCAGCAGCAAAGGCUGAAGGAGUGGCUGGACAUGGCAGAAGAGCUGCAGAGUGAAUUGCCUGACACACCUGGUGCAGACAGUGGAGUCGGUAGUGGAGGAGAGGAGUCUCAUCACAUUACAAUAUUUCAAUUGAAAAGGGAGCUAAAGAAAUGUCAGGAUGCCUUGGCUACAGAUGAGGAACUGUUCAGUCAAAAAAUAGCUGAGCUGAAAGAUCUUCAAGAGCGACUACAAUCAUUGGAACAGGAAAAAGAGGAGUGUUUAGCAGCUUUAACAGAGUUGCAAGAAAGGUACCGUAUUCAGAGUGAUAAGGUGGUGGAACAGGAGCUUGUUUUUCAUCGACUUCAAGAAGAACUACAGACCCUAAAAUCUGACAAAUCUUCAAUUUAUAACAAAGUUUCAGAAGGUUCUACAUUACCUGAAAGCACAGCAAGAAGACCCCAUAGUGUACCAUUGUUCAACAUGCGUCUUCAUUCUAUGGGUAUAUUACAGUCUGAUCAAACAACACUCAGAUCAGACCAAAGAAAGGUGCACACCAGCCCUCCUUCAUAUACGCUUGAAAGGAUGGUGGCAAGUUUUCGGACACGCAGCCAGAUGUUACUAGAGCAACUUGAAGAGCAUGAUGAGGUCCUUCAUCACACAUUUACUGAUGAUAGCAAAGAUGAGGAAGAAGAAAAGGACAAAAGGAAAACCAAAACGGAAGGUUCCAGCUUUUCCAUAAAUCACAUGUGGACUCGAGCACAAUACGGUGGCGUUAUUGGUACGGAAUUGUUAAAACAAAAUGCUUUACGCCUAAGGGACAAUCAACAAGAAAGUGGCAAAGGCCCACAGCGGAAUCCCUCUUCAGAGGCCGAGCGACUACGUCAGAGUCAAGUACUAAACAUACAGAAGUUGAAGGCUACAGAGUUGGAUGUGGCUUAUUCCAAACGGAAGAUUGGGGAGCUUGCCGUCAACAUUCGUAUGAAGGAAGAGCUCAUCAAAGAAUUGGUCAAAACAGGUAAGGAUGCCCAGGCUGUAAACCGACAGUAUUACCACAAAAUCACUCAGUUAGAACAAGAAGCUGAGCAGGCCAAAACGGAGCUAGCAGAAACUCAGAAACAACUGGAGAACAAAGAACUUAGGGAUGUUGCUGAAAAAGUAAAACUGCAAAAAGACUUCCGCAAGAAAAUGGAAGCAACCAAGCUUAAAGUGGAGUCUUUGGAGAAGAAACAACUGGACACAAAGAAGUUGGUUUCUUUGUCAGCGCAGAAUGAAAAGCGGGUUACUCAGUUGAACCAAAACGUUGAAAACAUGAAACAGCAGCAGCAACUGCUUCAAAGAAAACUACAUGAAGAAAGUGAUAAGAAGAGGAAACUGGAAAGUGAGAUUCAGAGAGAUCAGCAACGAAUCAAAGAGCUUGAACUGAAACAAGAGCAACAGCAGAAAAUACUGAAAAGAAAAACUGAGGAAAUUGCCCACUUCAAGAGAAUGAAGCGCUUCCCUGUUAUCACAGAGGAACAGCAGAAGAUAGAUGAGCAGCGGAAAUGGUUAGACGAGGAAGUAGAAAAUGUUUUGCAGCAAAGACAAGCCCUGGCUGAUCUGGAGGAGGAUUUGAAGAAAAGAGAAGCUAUUGUAGAUAAAAAGGAGGCACUGUUGCGGGAGAAAAGCCAACUGGAAAUCAAAAAGCUACGUUCCAGCCAGGCUUUGAACAAAGAUAUUUUAAAUGUGUCCACUCGUUUGAGCUCAAUAGAAAAUGCAUUGUCAACUAAAAGUAUCCUACUAGAGAACAGCACAACAGAGGAAAAGGAAGCUAUUUCAGAAGAGAUGCAAAUGCUUCAACAGGAACGAGAUCAGUUACUGAUAAGAAGGCACUGCUUGGAUGAAAAACUGCAGCUUGGAAAUGUUCUAUCUUCUGAGGAAGAGCGGAUACUUUACCGGUUGGAAGAGGGCAUUGAAGCUCUGGAUGUGGCUAUAGAAUACAAAAAUGAAAGCAUUCAUUGUCGCCAACAUUCACUGAGAGCCUCAGCCAACAACCUUACCCAGAGUGAGGCUAAUGUUAUGUUUAGACUCAGUGCUUUAACAGCUGCUGAAACAAGAGCCCUCCUCUGCAGAUACUUUAAUAAGGUGAUUAGCCUACGAGAGACUGAACACAGCUUGCAGCUUCAGUGUGCAGAGAUGUCUAUGAAGAUAACUGAGCAGGAGAAUGUGGUUCAUGAAUUAGAAUCUGCACUGGAGCGUUUUACACUGGAGAUAGAUCGACGCCUGACAGUACAGCAGAAGGAGCAUGAACAGAAGAUCCAACUAUUGUUACAGCAGUUUAAGGACAAAGAUGGUGAGGGCCUUGCAGACCUUAAGCUUUACCAGUCAAAGGUCCAAGAGCUGGAAAAGGACCUGUUCUUCUACAAAACGACAAGCAGAGAACUAAAGAAGAAACUUCGGGAGGUGGUGGCAGAGUCUCUUAAUCAGAAUCAAGUGGCAGCAACUUCACAAAGUAAUAGUGCUGGUGAUACAGUGUUAAGCCAGGGAGGGACAGAAGCUUUGACAAAGGAACAAAAGUGGGCUUCAAGACCAUCCAAAAUUAUCCGAGAAGGAACUGAUGGUCUUCCAACAACCUGUAAGGCACAUAAGAACCAGGUGUCUUGGGAGGAGAUUUCUGAAAUGACACAAACCCCCACCCGUUUGACAGGUGAACCUAGGUGUGCAUUCAGUUCUGAAGAGGUCUGGGAGGUAGAUGGAGCACAGCCAUCAAAAGCACGAGCUUUAUUAUCCAAGCCUUCUCAGGUAAGUGAGAAGGCAUCGCAACGCCAGGGCAUUACCCCUGUGAGAGUAUCCCGCAGGGAACUGCGACAGAUGUCUGCCACAGAGGUAUCCAUGCGGCGCUCCAGUUUCAGCAGCAGUGUGCAUUCCAUCCCACCAGAUUCCAUUGAAAUCACUAGGAAAUCUCUCGACCUGAAGAUGUAGAACGAGCAUUUAACUGCUUGAAAUCUUUGCACCGUGUUCUUGUACUGGAACCACAAGAGUAAAUUCAUUAUUGAGCUAAGAAAAGCCAGUUUAAUGAACCUGGUUUGAUUGCUGCAGUGACUGGCAAAGAAGCAAUUGGUCCCAUGUUCUAAGAAUGUAAGUGUUGAAAGUGGUAGAUUUGCAAUCGGCCAUAAUUACGCUACUAUCACUUCAUGCUCUCUGACCCAAUUUCUGUGUCCCAGAUGACACUAUAGUCAUAAUAAAAGAUACUUAAUAUCCUUACUGCAUACAUUCUAUCCUUGAUUCAAACAUGUCAGCUUGGUUCAAUUGAUUAUUUUUAUCAUUAUAACAUUCUGAUCUCUGGUCAAUCGAUUCUAGGUUCAAGUCCUUUUUGGACUUGAGUUCAUAAUCCAAUGCAGUACUGGUAGAGUUGUUACACUGUCGACGGUGCCAUCCUUUGGAUGAGAUGUUCAAACAAUGUCCUGUCUGCCUG